AUGAAAGAUGGUAUUGUCUAUGUGACAGAAUCUAGAUUGAAUAAGUUGAAAGAUACGCUGAAUGUGAUUAUUCACAGGUUGGGAAAAGGUGAAAUAAAAGUAACAGCCAGGUUUUUGGCGUCCAUUAUUGGACAGAUUAUUUCUAUGAAAGGGGCAAUGGGUCCAGUAGUACGAUUGCGUACAAGGAGUAUGUACGAUUGCUUGUUGUAUAGAGCAAGUUGGAACGCUCCUGUGCUUUUGAAUAGCAAAGCAUUAGAUGAAAUUGUUUUCUGGAAGGAAAACGUAGCCAUACUGAAUGGCAGAGAUUUGAGUAUAGUGGAACAGUACUCUUGCAUUGUUUAUAGUGAUGCCUCCGGUAUAGGUUUCGGAGGGUAUGCUGUCAGUAUCAGUGAUACUGAAGUUAUGGGUAGUUGGAAUUCAGUAGAAAGUUUGAAAAACUCCACAUGGAGAGAGUUAGAAGCGGUAUAUAGAGUUUUGUUGUCAUUACUAGUAACAUUACAAGGUAAAACUAUUAAAUGGUAUACUGAUAAUCAAAAUAUUGUUUACAUUAUUAAGCAAGGUAGUAGAAAGGGCGAUCUACAAUUAAUCGCUAUCAAGAUAGCCAAUGUAUGUAAGCUUAACAAUAUUGUAUUGUUACCACAGUGGGUACCAAGAGAGGAAAACGUUAAGGCUGAUCAGAUCAGUAAAAGUGUAGACUGUGAUGACUGGGGAAUAGACCCAGAAGUGUAUUCAGUUCUAGAUAAUUUGUGGGGUCCUCAUACGGUAGAUCGAUUUGCGUCAGAUUAUAAUACAAAAUGUUUGGUCUUCAACUCUAAGCACUGGUGUCCUAAUACUUCAGGUAUUACUGCUUUUGAUCAAGAUUGGAAAAGCGAAAUUAAUUGGAUUGUACCAUCACCUUCACUUGUUUCCAAAUGUAUUCAAAAAAUGAAACAAGAAAAAUCUAUCGGUACACUAAUCGUUCCAUACUGGAGGUCAGCUCCUUUUUGGCCAAUUUUAAACUUUGGUAUUGAAGGUUCGCAAACAUUUGCGAGUUUUGUAGUAGACAGUAGAUUGUUGUCAUCAAGUGUAGUUAUAAGAGGAAGAGGAAAGAACGGAUUAUUCGGAAAGACAGAUACACAUUUCCCUAUGUUGGCACUUAAAAUUAGAUUUUAUAUAUUUAUCAUUGUAUUUGUUUUUUAG